ACUAUCGGUGCAUCUAUCGCAGGGCAUCUGGCGGUGUUUUUUCAAUCUUCUCUCAGUGCUCUUCAUCUCUCCGGCCAAGCGCCAUAACUCCAUAACUCCACAAAACUCCAGCCGGAAUAGAAUUGUGAGUUUGUGUGACUACGCUUGAAACCUUGAAACUUGAAAUUCAGCAGCAGCCUUCGAGUCGAGUUGUAGCCGCCACAGACACCGCAGCAACGCUAGCGAGGGACAGACAGCAAAGUGGAGGAGGACUUGCGCCGCCGCACUCGCAGAACCAGAAGAACAACAACAAACGACGAGUGCGCUCACACACAAGCAGGCGAUCAAGGCAUUCAAAAUGGCGCCCACAAAGGCAACAACGCGCGCGGCCAUCGCCGGCGGGCAUCAUCAGCUGCAGCAAGCGGGCGGCGGGGCGGGUAAUCCGCUCCUGGCCCUGGGCGCCGUUGCCACCAGGAAGGGCCUGAGCCGGAGGGCCGCCGCCACGGGGAACAUCGACCCGAAUGCCGAGAACAUGCAGACGCGCGCCAAACGCAAGGCCGACCACAGCCCCAUUAAAAAUGACAAAAUCAAGCGCUCGGCGCUGGGUAACCUGACCAACAAUGUGAAGAUCAUGACACUGCAUCCGGGACAGGAUGAGGAGCAGGCGGGCGUGGGCAAGAAGCCGACGGCCCAGCAGCUGCAGGCCCUGUUGGAUGCUAAGAAACAGGAUAAUCUGGCUGUGAAUGUCUUUGCCGCCAGCAAGAUGACGACGCGCGCGUCCAGCAAAGUGGACGAUUCGGUGGAGAACUGUCACAAGGUGCUGGACAAAAUCGAGGAGGCGCUGGCCAGGCCCAAGCCGCGUCCCAAGGCAGUGCCGGCGGCGAAGAAGACGGCUCUGGGCGAGAUUCAGAUGCCGAAUCCCAUGCAGAUACCCGUGCUGCUGCCGCCCAUGCACAACCUGGUCGCUCCACCGGUGGCCGCCAUCAAGCCGGUGCGCCGGAUCUCCAAUGACUUCAACAAGACUGAGGACAGCCUGUACAUGUCCGCGCUGGAGGAUGUGUCCAGCUGCGACUCGAUGCGGCUGUCCGGCAACUUUGAGGCCGCUCGCCGUCGCUCCGCCAAGCUGCAGCACAGGCCCGAGCAGCAGCAGCCGCAGCAGCCGGUGCUGCUGACCCUUCCAGAGACUGCGCCCAGCCAGGUGGUGCCCAUCCUGCCGGUGCCCGAGGAUGUGGAGGACUUUGACCGCAAGAACUGGGACGAUCCCUUCCAGGUGUCGCACUACGCCAUGGACAUAUUCAACUACCUGAAGGUGCGCGAACCGGAGUUCCCCAUCGCCGACUACAUGCCCCGGCAGAUCCACCUGACCACCUGGAUGCGCACGCUGCUGGUCGACUGGAUGGUGGAGGUGCAGGAGACAUUCGAGCUGAACCACGAGACUCUGUACCUGGCGGUGAAGAUCGUGGAUCUGUAUCUGUGCCGCGAGGUAAUCAACAAGGAGAAGCUGCAGCUGCUGGGCGCCGCUGCCUUCUUCAUCGCCUGCAAGUACGACGAGCGACAGCCGCCGCUGAUCGAGGACUUCCUGUACAUCUGCGACGGGGCCUACAACCACGACGAGCUGGUGCGGAUGGAGCGGGAGACACUGCGCGUGAUCAAGUACGAUUUGGGCAUUCCGCUGUCCUACCGCUUCCUGCGGCGCUACGCCCGCUGCGCCAAGGUGCCCAUGCCCACGCUGACUCUGGCCCGUUACAUCCUGGAGCUGUCGCUGAUGGACUACGCCACCAUUGCGUUCAGCGACUCGCAGAUGGCCUCCGCCGCCCUGUUCAUGGCCCUGCGCAUGCACGGCGGCCCGGGGCAGCUGGACACGAAGACCUGGAGCUCGACGCUCGUCUACUACACCGGCUACCAGCUGGCGGAGUUCGCGGAAAUUGUGCCCGUGCUGAAUGCCGGACUGCAUCGCAAGCCGCGGGCGACCAUCAAGACGAUACGGAACAAGUACUCGCACAAGAUAUUCCACGAGGUGGCCAAGGUGCCGCUGCUGACGAACCAGGAGCUCUUCCAGAGCAACCUCGACCUGAACGAGAGCAAUCUGUCGUAGGACAGCAUCAAAGUUUAGCCAAAUUCACCACGAGCUGCAAAAUGUUACGCUUCACCUAGGCACUAAAACGCUUCAGUUCCCCAAAGCAACCCGUUCCCGGCUCAAAUCGGAAUAGACGAAACAGCGGUUCGCCCGCCUUAAUCGAAAACCUAGCCCCUGAUCUUAACUUAACCCUAGUCCCUAGUCCCUGGUCCCCGCCAAGUCCUCACAUUCUAUUAUAUUUUAAUUAUUAUUGUGACCUUGCAUUAUUGACAUGUUUUUGCAUAAAUAUUGUGUUAAGAGUGCUUUUUGUUUCCUUUGCCAUGUAUCAUUGUUUAGUUUUCACAUACCGCAUACGUACCCUCAUACUAUCAAGCUAAACAGGAAAAGCGAAAUUAUCUCUAGCAACCACAUUCGCAAAACGAUUCAUGUUUUAAUAUAUACGCUAGUUUUAAGAGAUGCCAGCAUUAAAUAAACCUAACUCGUAAGCCACCAAA